AUUUGUGAUAUUUGUAAUAAAAUAUUCAAUGGAAAAAUUAUCUAUUCUCAACAUCUUCAAAGCAAUAAACAUUUGAAGAACGAGAUGAAGAACUAUGGUAAUUCAUCUUUAGAAGAGGAAGAAAUCUACCAGUGUGAUAUAUGUGUCAAAGUUUUCUCUGGUCCCAUUCCUUUUCGCCAACAUUUGUUUAGUUCUGCUCAUAUUAAAGAAGAAUUAAAAAGAAAUAAAAGGAAAGAAGAUUAUGAAUCAAGAUGCAUUCGCGCAGAGGAUCAGCCAGAGGAAUGUUCUGCUGGAAAAGCAACGAAUGAGACACGCAGCGAAGAAAAUAUUGAAGGUUGUGAUUUAUGCGGAAUUUUUAAAUUUACCAAUUUACAAUCUUUAAUUCAGCAUUUAAAUACCGAAGACCACAUUAAGAAGAAAUACAUGAAAUUGAAUUAAAUUAAAUAGCUUAUACAAAGUAUUGCUAUGAAUGGUUUAUAUGUAGCUAUCACUACACUAUUUUAUGCACAUUUUAAAAUAUUUUUCUGUAUUAUAAAAAUAAUUUCAAA